AUUUUUUAAUUAUACAAAGAUUUUUAUUUUCCGAACUAAUAAAAUCUACUAUUUUUCAAUAACUAAGUUUUAAUUUUGUAAAAUUAAUUUCAAAAUGACUACAUUACGACCAUUCAACUGUGACGAUUUGUUUAAAUUUAAUAAUGUAAACUUAGACACACUGACAGAAACGUAUGCAAUACCAUUUUAUAUGCAAUACCUAGCACAUUGGCCCGAGUAUUUUCAAGUAGCAGAAUCACCUACUGGGGAAAUUAUGGGCUAUAUCAUGGGAAAAUCUGAAGGACAAUCAGACAGUUGGCAUGGACAUGUAACUGCUUUAACUGUUGCUCCAGAAUUCAGAAGAUUAGGUGUUGCAGGUGUUUUAAUGAAUUGGCUGGAAGAAAUAUCAGAAAAAAAAGAUGCAUGGUUUGUUGAUUUAUAUGUACGUGUUAGCAACACAGUUGCUAUAUCAAUGUACAAGAGUCUUGGAUAUACAGUUUAUCGUACUGUAUUAGAAUAUUACUCUGGAGAUCCUGAUGAAGAUGCAUAUGAUAUGAGAAAAGCACUUUCUAGAGAUGUAGAAAGAAAAUCUAUUAUACCACUGGAACAUCCUGUAAGAUUAGAGGACUGUGAUUAAAAAAUGAAACAUGUAUUUUGCAAAUGUCAAAAACAAUAAAUUAUUGUUCAAAAUAA